GAAGCAGUUGGAAGUAAAAAAUCUUGCAACUUUCUACUCAGUAUUCAUCUUCUACAAGCAAAACCUUCUCAGCUUUUUUCAAUUAAAAAAAAAACACAAAGGGGAAAAAAAAGAAAAAGAUGGAUAUUGAUGAUGUGCCCCCUCACAUGAUGGAUUUGGUUAUGACUUACUUUUGUAUCACUCUGUUAGCUUUCAUUGGUACAUUCAUCUUGCACCCUUUCCUGAAGUUCGUUGAACUUAGCCAUCAAGUUGACCUACAGCAAGCUGAGCUCUCCUCUCAAGGAAUUCUACUGAAAAUUGGAGCCUGUGUUUUGGGCAUGGUGAUGAUCAUGUUUAUCAUACAUGGUGUUUUUCGGUUGUUGGGCAUGUUGGGGUUGUUGGGUUGGGCACCCAAUUUCAAUACGUGGAUGGAUGGGACAAUAUCUGGAAGAGUUGCAAAAGAGGUACUUGUGGAGUCAUUCUAUUUCAUAUCCUACAACACCAUCAUGUGUUUCAUACCCCAUUUUGGAGUCCAGUCAUUCACCACAAGCGAUUGGCACUUUGAGGAUUCAAAAGAGUUGAUGAUGGUGAAUCUGGUGUCAGUUUUUUUCCUUGUAUUUCUGGCCGUAAUGUCCGACGGAAUUGGACUGGCCUUCCAAAUUGAUUAUGCAAGGUUUAGGGAGAAAAUGUUGGAGUUGGCCCUUCACAUUGCCGCCCUCCAUUUCGGGACAGACUUCCUUCCUUGGUUUGGAAUCUUAACCUUGUGUUGGUUUUUGCACGCCGUACGAAUUGGCGGCCAAACAUGGCUCUUGCUUGAACUUGAAGAGUUCAGAAGAAGAAGGGCAGCGGCUGCUGCUCGCCGCGGCGGCGGCGGCGGUGGUGCUCCUCCUCACGACGACGGCAAUGAUGUGAAUAUGAUGAUGAGGCAUGCGGGACUUCGCAUUAGAGGCUGA